AUGCUGCAGGCUGGCCUUAUGCUUUCCCUUCCCUCUCCUUCUGCCGCCGAGCAACUCCAAAUGCAGGGGGGCUCUGUGAACUGCAUCAACUGCAACGGCGAAGGAUACUUGACAUGCUACAGGUGUAAAGGAACGAAGAAGAUGCGAUGGCUUGAAGAGGAGACUCCCCAAGCGGAACUGAAGGAUUGCAUCGAGUGCGACGCCACAGGAUACGUACCUUGUGGCCGUUGCCAGGCUACAGGGCUGUCAGCCGCAAAGCUGAAGUCCUACAACCGCGAUGAGAAGUUCAGAAAGAUUGUGGCGCGGACCCGGAAGAUCAAGUGCGACGACGAUGGGAGGGCAAAGCUGAAACGGGUCAUGGCCGCCGCAAUCGCGGAGGUGGAGGCCAAAACGGCAGUCUCAGAAGGAAGGGAGGCUCAAGAAGUGAGGGCUCCGGAAGCGCCCAAGGAAGAGCCGAAGGGCACAUGGAUCG